AUGACGAGAAUGUCAGCCCCCAUCCAUUGCGUGAACAUCAGCAAGCAGGGAUGGAUGGACCACGAUUGGGAUGCUAUCCGCCGCAAGGAACAGAAGCAGGCAAGGAAAGCAGCCGAGGAGGCAGAAGCUGCUGCAAGACCAAAGCCAAAGGCCGCGCCUCUGGCGCCCAAACAGGAUUACGAACAGCCUCCUAAACCCAAGACCGUGCCACUGAAAGGUAGCGUUGACGAUGAUAUGAACAACGACGAAAAUGCGCCGCCUUCGCAGGCUGAUGUAGACAAGGCACGGGCUGCUAAGAAGGCGAGACGAGAGGAGCGUGCCAACAGGACUAGGAAAAUCAAGGUCAUGGAGGUGAAGGAAGUUCGCGGCGAGACUCAGACAAUCCAAGCCAACCUAGAUUCUCCAGCGAAGCCCAAAAUCCGGCGAAAGAAGACAGGCCCGGAGACCACAAUGACCCUCCACACCAAAGAAGCAAUGGAAGAGAUCUACGACAUAUUCAACGAACCACUCAAGAACGCCGACGAGAACACUUCCGAGAAUCAGAGUGGUGAUGAAAGCAGCGGUGACGAUGAGGACGACUACACGAGUGGUGCCGAAAGUACGGCAACCGGUCGCAUAUCGGGCGCUACGAGCGAGUUUGGGGAUGAGACAACAGCUGGCGAUUUCACACUCGGCACCAGGGUACUGGAUGUUGACGCUGAGGAUGAAAGCGAUUCCGACGCUUCAGAUACCAAGAGUGCUUCUGCGUGGUCUGACUUUACUGAGAGCAAGCACGUGCCCAAGGAUGGUCAAGAGGAUGAAUCAGAUGAUGAGUCUGAGCAAUCCGAUCAGUCUCAGAACGAUUCUUUUAACGAGGUAACACGCGCAGAUGUCGAAGUGGAACAGCAGCAAGAUUCUGACGUCGUCACUCCGACCUCGCCCUCCGCGCCCACAUCGCUACCUACCCGCUUCGUUCCAGUUCCACCAGAAGACUACGUUCCAGCUAUGCAGCCCUACCGAGACCCAGCCCAGGCUGCUAACAACCGCCUGCCGUUCAUGACGCCCAUCGUCGAGAAGACGGAAUCAUCCCUAGGCAUCGCUACUGCUUAUGCGAACAAGGACUACUUUACUCCUGCGACCAAGACACCAUCGCGAUCGAAAGGUACCACCGAUAUUCUUGAAGACGACGAUGACGAUGAUGAUACUUGCGGUAGCGCCUUUUCAGAUAUUUUGAGUCAGGUUAUUGAUGGCUCAGGGAAAGUUGCGAAGCUCGCCCUGACAGAAUCGAAACCAGUACCUAAAGAGUCCAUGGCCGAACCACAACGGAAGCCGUUGGCUGCGAAAGAGGUUGCGCCAAAACUAGUAAAGCCGAAUGGUCCAAUUAUUCAGGAUGCACAGUGCAAUCCCGUCGACGAGAACAUCCGCAAGGUCAUCCUACAAGAAAUCCAACCACCGCUUGAUAGCUACGAUGGCUACUACGCAGACACCGAGGAGAGCUACGGAAAAGGAGCCGAUAUCCGCAAGUACACUAAGGCUCUGAAAUCUGGCAAGGGCGCGAACGAUAAGACGGCCAACCUUGCAGUCUGCCCGACCUUGAAGUUUCCCACAACUCAACGGACAUACGCUGUCAAACGCGAGCUUGGGAAAGGUGCUUUCGCUCCAGUGUACCUGGUUGAAAGUCGAGACCCCGACGAGGACGACGAUGAGAACAAACCUUCCCAGAUGGGCAAGGGCGAGUUCGGUUUGAAGCGCAAGAAUCUGGAAGCUAUCAAGAUGGAAGAUCCACCAACUCCAUGGGAAUUUUACAUCAUGCGGCAAGCCAAGCGACGGCUAGGCGUAUCCAGGGCGGCGGAUUCUAUUGUUCACGCGUACGAGAUGCACGUCUUCAAAGAUGAAUGCUAUCUCGUCGAAGAAUUUAGAGAUCAAGGAACGCUGCUCGACCUUGUAAACCUUUCUCGCGGAGAUAACGGCGUCAUGGACGAACAGUUGGCCAUGUUCUUUACUGUCGAGUUGUUCCGCACAGUCGAGGCGCUUCACUCCAAGGGAGUCAUCCACGGCGAUCUGAAAAGCGACAACAUUCUUGUCCGGUUCGACACGUUACAAAAGGACGAGCACUGGGAUUCGGAGUACAAGCGUGAUGGGCGCGAUGGCUGGUCUGCGAAGGGUGUCUCACUCAUCGACUUUGGUCGCGGUAUCGACAUGAAGGCGUUCAAGCCAGAUGUGCAGUUCAUCGCCGACUGGCCUACCACUGAAGCCGACUGCGCCGAGAUGCGGGAACUCCGCCCGUGGACAUACCAGAUCGACUACCACGGUCUCGCUGGAAUUGUUCACAACCUCUUAUUCGGAAAAUACAUCUCUACGAUCGCUGAGCGUGGCGCGACACUUGGUGCCGGAGCGACGAAGACGUACAAGAUCAAGGAGAGUUUGAAGAGAUAUUGGCAGACCGACAUCUGGCAUGCCUGUCUUGAUUUACUAUUGAACCCACUCAUGCACCUUGAGGGUGAAGAGGGGAACAAAUUGCCGGUACUGAAGGGUAUGAAAGAGGUGAGGGAGAAGAUGGAAGAGUAUCUUGAGAACAACUGUGAGAAGGGCGUUGGAUUGAAGACUCUUAUCAGGCGCAUGGAGGAUGCAGUGAAGAAGAGGUGA